AUGACAGUGACGUACACGUUGGAGGUGAGCCAGGCUCGAUUUUGGGGAUUCCCGAAAUUGUUGGCCAGAUGGCGUGGAUCAAUAUAUAGAUUGAUGUAUCGUGAAAUGUGUGUCUUUUUGGCUGCGUAUUAUUUGGUUGCAUUCUGCUAUCGUUAUGUUGCACCAUCCAAUAUGCAAAGACUCGCGAUGGAAAUUUCUGCAUACGUGCAAGGUGUGGACGAACGUGGUCGUUUGAUACGUCGUGCGUUAGUACGUUAUCUGAAUCUGCUGGCCGUUCUCACGUUCCAGAGCACAUCGACAGUAAUCAAAAAACGAUUUCCAACAGUCGAUCAUUUGGUUGAUGCGGGCUUAUUGACUCCAGAUGAACGUUCCGAUCUCGAAGCAAUAUCAACGCCACACGGAAUUUGGUGGAUACCGGCUCAGUGGUUCGCGCAGUUGGCCAUGAUUGCUAGGAAGGAAGGUCGAAUUUUCGACGAUUUGCAUCUCAAGACGUUAAUCGAUGAUCUCAUGGUAUAUCGUGGUCAGUGUGGGCAGAUUUGGUCAUAUGAUUGGAUAUCUGUUCCUUUAGUCUACACACAGGUUGUAACAAUAGCAGUGUAUAGUUUUUUCGGGUCAUGCUUGUUUGGACGUCAAUACUUGCUGCAAAACUCAGAAGCAGAUAAUAGUCUAGGGGUUGAUUAUUACUUGCCCAUAUUUACCAUAUUCCAAUUUCUAUUCUAUGUUGGUUGGCUGAAAGUCGCUGAAUCAAUGAUCUGUCCUUUUGGAGAGGAUGACGACGACUUCGAUAUGAAUUGGUUAGUAGAUCGUAAUGUACAAGUGAGCUAUGUGAUAGUUGAUCAAAUGCAUCGUAAAUCACCAAAAUUAUCACGUGAUAUAUUCUGGGAUAAUCUUGAACCUGAAAUGCCAUACACUCAAGCGGCGGCCAAUUAUAAACGUGAACCGUUCUUCGGUUCGACGACUGCGAUGAAGUUUGUUUUGAUUUAUUGUUUGUUCUUUUAUUAUAUGUUCUCAUUUUACGUUUUGCUUUGCUUAAUUCAGUUUUUUUUUUCAAUCGUUUGA